AUAUUUUGGCCCAAACACAAGCCCAAAACAAUAUAGGUUAACAAACGGGUAUAAACGAAGAGUGUUUCAUUAGGGUUUUCUUCUCUGCGAAUACAGUCACACAGCAAGCACUCAGCAGCCGGAGUUUGCAUCUGCAUCUUCUUCAGCUAAGUUGUGACUUGUGAAGAUGUUUACUUCAAGGAAGAAAAUCAGCAAAGACAAGGGUGCCGAGCCUACUGAAUUUGAGGAGUCAGUUGGACAGGCUUUGUUUGAUCUGGAAAACACAAACCAUGAGCUCAAAAGUGAGCUGAAAGAUUUAUACAUCAAUUCUGCAGUCCAAGUUGAUGUUUCUGGCAACCGCAAGGCUGUGGUUAUCCAUGUCCCCUACAGAUUGAGGAAGGGUUUCCGCAAAAUUCAUGUCAGGCUCGUUAGGGAGCUUGAGAAGAAAUUCAGUGGCAAGGAUGUGAUCCUCAUUGCCACCAGGAGAAUCGUCAGGCCUCCAAAGAAAGGCUCUGCUGCUCAGCGUCCACGCAGCCGUACACUCACUGCUGUCCACGAGGCAAUGCUCGAGGAUGUCGUGUUACCUGCUGAGAUUGUUGGCAAACGUACUAGAUACAGAAUUGAUGGAUCCAAGAUAAUGAAGGUGUUUUUGGACCCAAAGGAGAGAAACAAUACUGAAUACAAGCUUGAGACCUUUUCUGCAGUUUACAGGAAACUUUCAGGCAAAGAUGUUGUGUUUGAGUACCCUGUUACUGAGGCUUAGGUUCUGUUAUUCUCAGUUUUGGAUUUUUUUUAUGAACUGCUUAUGAUGAAUGCUUCUGGUUAAAUUUUGUUAAAGUUCUCUAUGAUUCUGGAUUUUGUUUGUCAAUGUAGCCUAUGAUACAUUAUUUAUUAUAGGAUCCUAAUGACGGUUUUUUCUA